CAGGGGUGGGAGUCUGUAUCAGCAGGUAUUUAACAGAUGGUGACACUGAGAAUGAUCGCAUUCAGUCAUGGGUCAUCCCGGGAUCCAGAUGUGGACAUGGACACCGUUUGUCUUCUUGAGUUGGAUGUGUGUGGGUCAAGUGGUGGCUGGACCGCAAUACAUGGUGGCCGUUCCUGCUGUUCUUGAAGCUGGAUCUGACACCAAGUUCUGUGCGAGUCUCCUGCAGCCCAGUGAGACUCUGGUCAUGACUGUCACUUUGAUGUCCGAACAGCAGAACACAACCCUUUUUACAAAAUCAUCCAGUAAAGAGUUUCACGUCUGCUCUGAGUUUAAGGCCCCUUCAGUGGAGAAUGAGGAGGUGCAAAAAUUUGAAGUGGAAGUACGAGGCGAAACGUUUCACUCAAGAGAAGUCAGGAAAGUCAUGAUCAAAGCCUAUGGACUAAUGAGAUUCGUCCAAACGGAUAAACCAAUCUACCUCCCUGGACAAACAGUACACUUCAGAGUGAUCACACUGGACACCAAGUUCAGACCGUCUAACGAACUGUAUCACACCAUCGAACUUGAGGAUCCUGACAGCAACAGAAUUGGACAGUGGCUCAAUGAAACAUCAAAUGGUAAAAUACUGCAGCUUUCCUACACCUUGAACUCUGAGGCCAAAGAGGGAGGUUACCAAGUCAUUGUGUCGGUGGGUGAGGAAAAGACAUAUCACCACUUCAAGGUUGAAAAGUAUGUUUUACCCAAAUUCGACGUGACAGUAAAAGUAUCAGAAGAAGUGAGCAUUAGGCAGGAAGAAUUUGAUGCUGAAAUAUGUGCCAAGUACACAUACGGACAGCCUGUGCCAGGAAGUGUGAAAGUUGAGGUGUGCCGACCUCUCAGCCAAUACGUGUAUGGUUCCAUUGUUUUUGCUGAAGAGCCACAAGUGGCCGUAACUCCAUGCAACUUACAGACAAAGCAGACAGACAGCAAAGGCUGUGCAACUUUUACCUUCAAGAUGUCAGCUUUUACUACAAUUGACCAAAAGGCAGUGGAAGAUGCACUUGAUCUCAGAGCCAAAAUGGAAGAGGAAGGGACAGGUAUUACACACCCACAAGAAAAGAGAAUAACGAUCUCAUAUGUUCUUGGAAAGCUGUCUUUCAUUGACACACCCAAGAUUUACACCAAAGGUUUAAAUGUGGAAGGAAAAGUUAAAGCAGUAGACUACAAGGAUGCACCCAUUCCUGACAUACCAGUGUACCUGUUUGAGGGUGAAAGGUGGUCGCCACGUUCGCUACAGAAUCUCACGACUGACAGCAGCGGUGUCGCCACAUUCACAUUAAGCACAGAUGACUUCAGCGGAGAUGUUAAACUUCAUAUAAGUAAAACACCGGAAUUGUCCUAUCCUGGAUACAGAGAGCCUUUCUAUGAGAGUGGAGUUCACACUCUGUCGCUGUCCGAACCCUCCUCUCCUCAUGCUAAAACUGCCAGCUCCCUGGAGGUGAAGAAGCAGGAUAAAGCACUUCCAUGUGACACAGAAGUGGACAUCUCUGUCCAAUACACUAUAGUGGGAGAAGCUCAGGGCUCUGUGGAUGUGAUGUAUCUGGCCUUGUCCAGAGGAGCUAUUGUCAAACAAGAUGUUAAACAGAUUCAAGUGAAAGCUGAAGGAGUGAGUGAGGGCGAGGUGUCCUUUAAGCUCAGAGUGUCUCCAGAGAUGGCACCAGAAGUCCAGCUUGUUGCGUACUCUGUUCUCCCCAGUGAGAAUGUGAUCGCCCACAGUGCUGACUUCUCCACUGAGAAAUGCUUCGGUCAUAAGGUGUCGUUGGAGUUCUCACUGUCUUCAGCUGUCCCAGGAGAGGAGACCACCAUGCAGAUAAGAGCCCAGCCAGACUCUCUGUGCGGUGUGAGCGCUAUUGACCAGAGUGUUCUCAUCAAGGAGCCAGGAAAGACUCUGGAUGCAGACAAGAUAUUUGAACUGCUGCCUGUAAAGACAUCAUCCUUUAUACCAUAUGAAGUUCGAGAUUCUGUGACUUGCAUGCAUGUGAGACCAAGAAGAUACGUGUUGCCAUAUCCAGGCGAGGAGGAUAAGGAUGCCCACACAGUUUUCCAGAAUGCAGGACUGAAGAUGGCAACAAACCUGUUAAUCCGAAUGCCUUCCUGCCUCAUGUACAAAGGAAGGGAAUAUCAUCAUGGCUUCUAUGAUCGAAGGUUCAAGGGGGCUCCUGAAAUACUCAGAAUGCAUCAUGUUGCAGUAGGUGCAGGACCUCCUCCUAGUGGGUCAAGAGGCUUUUCUGCACCCCCUGCACCAAUAGAGACAGCCCGCUCUUUCUUCCCUGAGACUUGGAUAUGGGACCUUGUUGAAGUUGGAGAGUCUGGAAGAAAGGAUGUGCCCCUCACCGUCCCAGACACCAUCACCACCUGGGAGACAGAGGCUUUCUGUUUGUCCCCUCAGGGUUUUGGUUUGGCUCCUCAUAAAGAGAUCACCGUCUUCCAGCCCUUCUUCCUUGAGCUCUCCCUGCCCUACUCCAUUGUCCGUGGAGAACAGUUUGAACUGAAGGCAACUGUCUUCAACUACCUGACCAGCUGCCUCAUGAUCACGGUGACACCUACGCCUUCUUCAUCGGAUUACACCCUCACUCCUCUCUCUGGUGACCUGUACACAUCCUGUUUGUGUGGCAGUGAGCGUAAGACUCUCAGCUGGACCAUGAUCCCUUUAACCUUAGGGGUUGUGAAUGUGACUGUGACUGCCGAAGCAGUGGCAUCCCACGCGUCAUGUGACAAUGAGAUUGUCAGUGUGCCAGAGAGAGGUCGCAUCGACAAGGUCACAAAGUCUCUCAUAGUGAAGGCUGAGGGAAGUGAAAUGUCAAAGACGCACAACUGGCUGCUCUGUCCAAAAGGAGCCGCUUUGACAGAGGAAACAGAGAUACAGCUCCCUGAGAACGUGAUUGAUGGAUCUGCCCGUGCUUCAGUAUCAGUCCUGGGCGACAUCCUCGGCAGGGCCCUGAAGAACCUGGAUGGGCUGCUGCAGAUGCCAUAUGGAUGUGGAGAACAGAACAUGGCACUCUUGGCCCCCAACAUCUACAUCCUCCAAUACCUGAAAGGCACACAGCAGCUGACGCCAGCUAUCAAGGAAAAAGCUACCAACUUCCUCACCAGUGGCUACCAGAGACAGCUGAACUACAAAGAUGGUGUAGGUGCAUACAGCACAUUUGGAAGAGGAGUUGGAAACACCUGGCUGACUGCUUUUGUCGUGAGAUCGUUUGCCAAAGCUCAGUCUUUCGUCUACAUCGAUCCAAAUACCAUUGAUGAGUCGAUUACAUGGCUGAAACAAAAACAACGGGAAAAUGGUUGUUUCGAACAGUCAGGAAAACUUUUCAACAACAGGAUGAAGGGUGGUGUUUCUGACGAAGUGACUCUCAGCGCAUACAUCGCUGCGGCCUUUUUGGAAAUGAAUAUGUCUGUAGAUAAUCCUGCAGUGCGCAAGAGUCUGUCCUGCCUUAAGAAAUCCACCACUGACCUCAGCAACACCUACACUACAGCUCUGAUGGCGUACGUCUUCACCCUGGCAGGAGACAUCCAGACGCGUGAUUUACUUCUGCAGCAUUUAGACAAGGUUGCAGUAAAACAAGGCGGUUUCCUCUACUGGUCCCAGACAGCAGCAGAAACUUCAGCCUCCCUUUCUGUGGAGAUCAGCUCCUAUGUGCUGAUGGCCAAACUGAGUGCCUCCCCCACAGCUGAAGACUUGGGAUACACCUCCAGCAUUGUCAGGUGGCUGGCGGGGCAGCAGAACUAUUACGGAGGCUUCUCCUCCACACAGGACACAGUGGUGGCUCUUCAGGCUCUGGCUCUCUACUCCACCCUGGUGUUCAGUCCUGGGGGUUCAAGCACAGUGACAGUGCAGGGCCCCAGUGACCAGCUGACAUUUGAUGUCAAUCCAAACAACAAACUGCUCUACCAGGAGAAGACACCGCGAGACGUGAGAGGAAAGUACAGCGUGGAGGUGAAGGGCACAGCAUGUGCUGUAGUACAGCUUUCUCUUCACUACAACAUCCCAACUCCUGCUGAUGUCACCACUCUCAGUGUACAAGUGAAACCAGAGGCCACCUGCACUGACACAGCUAAAAGUCCAAAGCUCACACUGAUGCUCACGUCACUGUAUACUGGAAAGGAGAACAGUUCAAACAUGGUGAUCCUGGACAUCAAAAUGCUCUCUGGGUUCGUUCCAGACCCGGAGUCUCUGAAGAGACUCAAAACUGCCCAGCUGGUGGAUCGUGUUGAAGAAAAGGAAGAUCAUAUCCUGGUUUACUUCCAAGAGUUGACAAAGGACAUACCCACCAUCCACAUCUUAGAUCUCAUACAGGAGGUUCCAGUGGAGAACCUGAAGGCAGCUGUGGUCAAGAUUUAUGACUACUACCAGCCAAGUGACCAGGCUGAAACAGAUUAUGUCUACACGUGCGCUACAGCUUGAAGAGACGUCUUCACUGAAUCCAGAACAAUGCACACAGCCUCAUUUUAUUAAAAAUAUCUCAUACUCA